AUGCAGGUGAAGAACGGGAAGCGCUGGAGUCAGGUCAUGUACAUGGAAUAUGUCCUAUACAUGGUUGAUGAAGCUUCCCUUGACGAAACGUACAUCCUCACAACGGACGCUGACGUCAGCUUCACUUCGAACUCUGUAGAAAAUUUACUCGAUCUGAUGACACGUGACCAUUCAGUGGGCGCUGUUUGUGCCAGGACACAUCCUUUGGGCAAAGGCCUACUCGUCUGGUACCAGACUUUUGAGUACGCUAUUGGGCAUUGGUUUCAAAAGGCGGCAGAGCAGGUAACCGGGUCAGUUUUGUGCUCUCCGGGAUGCUUCAGUGUUUAUCGUUGCAUUGCAAUCCGAGAAAUUCUACCAGAGUAUGCCACCCACGUUACACAAGCUAGUGACUUUCUCACCAAGGAUAUGGGCGAGGACAGGUGGCUAUGUACACUGAUGGUGAAGAGCGGUUGGAAAAUCGAGUAUUGUGCUACGGCUGAGAACAGCACAUAUUGUCCCGAUGACUUUGACGAAUUCUUCAAACAGCGACGGAGAUGGAUCGCCUCUACUCUCGCCAAUAUGAAGAUUUUCAUCUUGGAUUGGAGAACAGUCUGGAAUUGA